AUGGUCCUUGCAAACGCUGUCGACGUUUGGGCAAAGACUGUGGAAUCCAACUACCCGGAGCUCAUCGCCGUGAAAAAAAAACAGGCGCAAGUAGUUCCUAGGGAGGUUGCUGCACUCGAGGAAAAAUUAGACCGCAUGGUCGCUUUGCUGGCUGCCUCGGAACAACAUGUCCGAGAACGAUUAGAAAGUGGCCAAGAAAGGAGAUCAUCAUCUACGUUUGAACAUAACAUCGCUGCUCCUGAUGAAGCUGAAGGCCAGCUGUUGAUGGAAGUGUUCUUCCGGAAAAUGUUCCCUCUCUUUCCCUUCCUCAUGAUUCCCCCGCACGUCACCGCAGAGGAACUGCGCCGAGAGAAAACAUUCCUCUACCUGAAUCUUUCAAUGGUCGCAUGCCAAAAAGCUCCACGCCAGCGAGAGAUUGCGGAUUUAGUCCAAGAAUAUGUCGCCGAGCACAUCGUCAUCAGAGGGGAACAUAGUCUGGAUCUGCUCCAGGGCCUUCUUAUUAAUGUGGCUUGGUUCGUUUCAGUCAGUCGUUAUCCGCGACUGGCUGACCAACCCCCUCAAGGGCCCAAAUCGGAAGAACCUCAACAUUUGGUUCGAAGCACUGCCCAGCUUGAUACAAAUGUGCACUUACUCGUGGCGCAAUCCUUUAGUAUGGGCUUAAAUCAAGAGAUGGCUUACCAGAAAAGCUUGAACUAUCCUUUGACUUAUUUGAAAGAUACUACGAACGAGGACCGUCAUAAUCCGGUUCGCACACUGGAAGAGCGACGCACUUAUCUUGGGUGUUACUAUCUCACCACCAUGCUCUCGACAUGUGUGAAAGACUUGGGGCCGAUAAUUCGCUUUACAAGAUACACAGAUGAAUGUUGCAAAGUGCUAGACCAGAUCGCAGAAUAUCCCACCGAUGCCUUUUUGACACAGCUGGUGCGAGCGAUGAACGUCGCAGAGAGGAUCCACCAAACACUCUACAACACCGAGCUCCAUUCUUCAUCACUCUCAUCAGCGCCUCCGCCCCUUGGACUAAGCAUACGAUGGCUUGAGGCUGAGCUUAAGCAACUCAAAGCUCGCAUGCCGAGUGACUCACCCAAUUCUCCCGUUUUACAGCUUCACUACAUCACACUCGAGAUACAUCUUUAUCGAAUUGCCCUUAGUAGCGAACCAUCCAAGUCGAACUAUGGCGAUCAUCCUCUAAUGCAAUUGGAUCUCCUUUUCCGCUGCCUGGAAGCGACAACCUCCUUUUUCCAAAAUAUCCUCUCCCUCCCAUCUGAUAUCUUUCCUUUCUUCCCUUUCAGCAUCAUGUGCCAAUUCGGAAAAGCAAUCGUCACUCUCUCACAGCUCUCUCUUUACGACCACCCCGGAUGGGAUCGAGCAUACGUGGACAGCAUCAUCGACUUCGACCAGACCGUCGAUCUUUUAGCUCGCAAGAUGGAAGAAGAACGUCCCGCAUUAGAACAGGCUCUUGGAAAAGAUCCAAAGUCUACCGAGUCGCCGGAGAUAUUUGGAAGGAUGAGAAACCGCGCGCAAAUGAUUAAAAAGAUGCAUCGGCAGAGAAAAGAGGCACUGGAACAAAAAUCCCUGCUCACCACUGUGGCCCCGAUGGAUUAUGACUUCAUGAUGGAUUGUCCCCUCGAUGUGUUGUUUCCUUUUGGUGAAAUAAUUCCACCGAUAUAUGGGCAACACAUGUAG